AUGGUUGCGAGAGCUUUUGCCAGCGCGGCGAUGGCCAUCACCAGCGCGAGCGCCCUAGUGCUGGAGUAUAAUGUGAUCGGCACCCAUGGCGCCUCUUUUAAGAACGGCGUUGAAAUGAAGGCCGAGGUCAGCGCUAAAGCUUCGUCUACAAGUAUCGGCUCGAGUUUGAAGAGCGAACUGCCGCGCACUGUGCUGACAGUUUCCGAGCAGGAAGGGUGCGGCUCCAACCUGACCGGCUACUUGAUCACAGGCAACGGCAUGUUGUGGUCCGACGGCCAGCCGGGAACCGCCAGGGACCUGGCCGACUGCCGGGCAAGGUGCGACACCGUCAAGAAUUGCGUCGGCUUCACCACCAGGCUCCCCAGGUCUGGCAAAAUGCAGUGCACCACCUACAAGGGCCUGGUGAAGACGGACGUCAGCAAGGCCAAGUCCUACACGAAGUGCGUGAGAGGGUUCAGCUGCCCCGAGCACGACGGCCUCAAGGGCUUCCGCUUCUCUCACGAGGGCACCUGGAAGAACGGCCAGAAGGUCCAGAACUCGAAGAGCGACUUGGCCUGCGCCGCAUCUUGCCGCGGCGACAGCUCCUGCGUCGGCUUCACGUUUCGCCACGACAAGCGCGCUGUGAACGAGUGCCUCCACUUCCUGAACGCAGCGAACAAAGAGGGGCCUCGGCGCGACAUGCGUGCCACCACGUACUCCAAGUGUGCUCUCGUUGAGAACCAGGCUGCAGCAGUGGCCCCUGCGAUGAAGCCAGUACUGCCGCUCACCAAGAUGAGGAUAAACAAGUCGGCCGGCAUAUUGUGCAGCGGCGGUUAUAUCAUCUCGUCCAAGGAUUGGUGGUGGACAGAGUAUGACCAGAUGUCCCACGUGGCGGAUGCGCAGGCAUGCAUGGAGAAGUGCGAGUCGUUUGAGAAGUGUGUCUCUUUUGUAUACCGCCCCAUGGAGAGUAAUGCGGAAUGCUACUUGUACAAAGGCUUGAGUGCAAGAGUCGACACUGGAUCAGUCGCCUACACCAGAUGUUCGCGCGACAAACGCUGUCCCGCAAGCAGCAGUGCACCCGACGGGUGGGAAUUUAGCCAUUCUGGUACAUGGGAGGGGGGUGUCCAGAUGCCCGACGUCACGAUCAAGAGUUGCAGCUUGAUCUGCAAGGCCGAUCCAGGCUGCGCUGCAAUGAGCUGGAAGCGCGACGGAGAGGUUUGCUCGACAUUCCAGUCCAAAACUGAAGCCUCGGCGAACCCCAUGCCGAUUGCCGGCGCAGAGGGGUAUUCCAAGUGCGUGGUUGCGGACGACGAGCCAGGAUCGACAUCCGUGCACCGUGAGUGGAUCUAG